GAGCGAGUUUGAGCAAGUUAAUUUUGCGACCAAUCACAGCCCAAAAGUUUUGCGUCUCAUGUAAGACGAGCGGCGAUCCUCGCGUUCGCUUCUGCACGAGCACACGUUUCGGUGAACAAGCAUCACAGAGGUCUGCUACGAUCGCUUGGUACCCGGCGCGGUGGGCUUCUACAUCACUCUUGUGUGCGUUCCCUCCUUGAUUUUCACUUCAUCCAGCCCACCACGUCCAGUCCCGAUGGAAUCCAUGUCUAUGGCCACUGUAACGAGUACCAUGGCCGGAAUGUCCAUGUCCAUGCCCAUGGCUACAGAAAGUGCGACCUCUGGUUCGAUGGACAUGGGAUCGAGCAGUGUGAUGGCCAUGAGCACGAUGGCUAUGACCACGUGGACACCAGCCUCUGCAGGCCAGUACGCUGGCACCUGUAUUUUUCUGAUCGCCUUUGCCGCCAUCUUCCGUGCUCUCAUCGCCAUUCGCUUCAACUUCGACCGCUUCUCGGCCAAGAUCGCAUCGACUCGAGGCGACAACCAGGCACAUCUCUACACGGACGAAUACAAAGGUGCGCACCGGCCGUGGCGAGCCAAUGAGGCCGUGGCGCUCGGUGCUAUGGAUGUAGUGAUCGCAGGUGUCAGCUACCUCCUGUAUGUGUCCUCCCGAGUCAGAGUGUUGCCCUCGCUUACCGAUUUUAGGAUGAUCGCGGUUAUGACUAUGAAUGUUGGUUACUUUCUUUCCGUUCUUGCUGGGGUUUUCAUUGGAAGCAUGGCCUUUGGGCGUUUCAUGAGUCGUUCCAUAACACAGUAGGAAGUUACGGCAUCGAAACCACAGCAUAUCAAAUAGUAUAUCAAUCGCUACUCAAACCUAGAGUUACAUGAAACUCCAAAAUGAAUCCAUCUGUGUACACAACCAUAGAUACUUUGCUCGAUGAGAUUAAUAACGGAUCUCGUAUGCAAAGGCUGUUGAAUUGGUAGGAGGAUCCACUGCGAGCAGCAGCUGACACGGGGUUAGUAGUCAUACGCUAGGCCG